AUGGAGGACGCUGUACUGGUGCUACUUAUGUUGUUUGUGCUGGUAAUGGCAUCAUACAUGCUCGGACGAUAUUCGUGUAUGCUGGUGUCACAGAGCAGCUUUGCACUAAUGCUCGGACUCUUUGUGGGACUCUUUAUGAUCAUGGGUGGCAAGCACGCGCAACUGCACACGCAUUUGAACUUGGACAAUAGCCUCUUUUUUAAUGUAUUGCUGCCACCGAUUAUCUAUGAAGGAGGGUUCUCAAUUAAACGGCAGGCAUUCUUUCGCAACUUUCCAGCUAUUAUGAGCACAGCUGUCAUUGGUACCGUCGUGGCUACGACAGUCACGGGCGGUGUCUUAUACCUUGCAGGCUCAGUUGGCAUGGUGACAAGACUUUCAUGGGUAGAGGCAUUUCUCUUCGGUACAUUGAUUAACGCAGUUGACACAGUAGCUACACUGAGCUGCUUUGACAAGCUCAAUGUGCCGCCGCUGUUGUUCAAUCUCGUCUUUGGAGAGAGUGUGAUGAAUGACGCAGUGGCGAUUGCACUGUAUCAGACGCUGCAAAAGUGGGACGCGGAGAGUAGCCUUACUGCCAAGCAGUUGGUGCGGGUAGCACUUGAUACUUGUGGUAUGUUUAUCGGGUCAUUGACCGUGAGUGCUCUGAUCACGCUCGGUGGAGCUUUCCUUUUGAAACGCCAGUUUUUCGCGACAUUGCGCUAUUACCCGAGCUAUGAAAUCUCGCUGUGUUUGAUCUUUAGUCUGUUGACAUACUUUGUGGCAGACAGUUUGAAGUUGAGUGGAAUUGUGGCACUUUUUUUCUCGGGCACCAUGACGGCGCACUAUCAUUUUAAUACGUUAUCGAGGGAAGCGCAGCAUGCGUUUACGCACCUGUUGCACACGUUGGCGUUUGUCUGCGAGAACAUCGUGUAUGUUUUCAUGGGUACAUCGGUGGUUAUGAUUUUCGCUGGCCAUGGAGAAGAGAACGCUGGCGCCUCACUGCGCGUAGAUGAUAUCGACUGGUCUUUCAUUGGCCUUACACUGGCGGCCUGUAUUGUUGCACGUUUCUUCAAUAUUUUCCCGCUUCUGAGUCUCUGCAACUGCUUGCGGUCUCCGUCGAACCGGAUUCCGGUUAAGCACAUGAGCGUCAUCUGGCUUGCAGGUCUUCGUGGAUCAAUGGCUUUUGCUCUGGCAAAAAACUGGAACUACGUUGGCCUUUCUGGAGGAUCGCACCGCCGACUUAUCGAGUCUACGACUCUUGUUGUGAUUCUCAUUACAACGAUCGUUGUUGGCGGUCUCAUGGGUCCGUUGUUGUCGAGCUUGCAACUUACAGGCAAGACCAAAGACAAUGGUCAUCUCGACCAGUCCGAUGCAGACAGGAGUUCUAAGACUGCAUCAGAGUCCGAAGAGGUUUUAUCACGGCUAGUUCAGCGGAGCACACGUCAUGGUGAGGAUUUGCAUGGAGCCGUAGCUUUUCCAGAGGAAGAGCAAGCCAAGGAGAAACUUCAUGGCAUGGACGAUGAGGUCCCAGUUCUUACCCCACGACCACAGUUUAUCGAUACUAUGAACGACAACGAAGAUGGAACGAGCUUGGCUUUACCCGUGCCCCGUUCUCGUGGCGAUUCACUGACCGGGGCGUUUUUUCGCCAUUGGCAAGCAUUCGACACAACAUACAUGCAGCCAGUGUUUGGCGGAAUUUCACAGCAAUCCACAACAAUGAGAAUGAAUGAUGAUCAUCAUAUUAACAUGCAACUAGCUAAAACGCAGGCAGAGUGCGCUUUGUGA